GCAAACGAUCUCAGGCUCGGGUCCGGCACAUUUCUUUUUCUCGGACAUUGCGCAAAGUUCUGUAGAAUUUUUGCAUCGAGAAUUUUGAAGAUCUUUCCGAUCGUCUUGAUUUUACCAAGCCUCGUACUUCCAUUGCACAAGAUCUUCUGGAACAAAAAAAGACGCGUAUAUACAAGUCUGCGACGAUGUCAUCUCGUGGACGAAAGGUAUCUCCCUGCGCACUUCCGCUGCUGCUGUUCGUUCUCACUCAGACCCGAAACUUCAUCGUCGAGGGGUCUUACUCCAGUUCAUUUUUUCACCGCCUCGGGAGUCUCGGGAGGCGGCUACGGGUGACGGAAGACACACGCGAGCCCUUGGUGCUGGGGGAGAGCACGCCGAGCAACCAGCGCCUGUCCUUGUUUCUGGCUCGUCGCGCACCGGAUUCUACUUCGGCUGUUCUCCCCGAAACGGAGGGCGGGGAGGACGAUGCGAGAGUUGGCAGUAGCGGGGACCUUCAGCAGCAGCAGGCUCGUGCCGUACAGGGGACUACACGCAGAGAAGAUGUCGAAAUGGGACGAGACAACCAGUACUCCUACACCGCGCCGGUAGAGUGGGAAGGUUACAGCUACUACGCUCCUCCCGAGGUCGUGGUUGCCAGCGGGCCACGACCUGCCGUGCCGGCGGAGCUCCAGGUGAACGCCCCUCCCGGCCUUGAAGAAAAUGAACGUCACGAGGCGUUUCUGCCAAGGCACGACGGAGGCCCGGCACCCCAGCUGGGCAUGCGACCGAUAAUACAGCCGGGGCAGGAGGACCAAGACCAACGGCUGCUUCUCCCUGAUAACGCGGCACAAGAACCCGCCCUUGAAAGCGGCGAAGCAGUACCGCGGCAAGAACUAGGACAACAAUUUCCCGUGCUUUUGGGUUCGACGAAGGUUCUGCGCGAAAGUGGUUCGCCCGGGGAAGAAAGUGAGGAUAGUCUGUUUUUGGAGCAACUUUUCCGUGUCCGUGGCAGUGCUUCCAAAGUGACCGCAAGAUGUGCGGCGCUACUAACGGUGCUGGCGUGUGUGAGCGCGGGGGCGUGCGGCAGCGCAGUCGUGCUGUCUGCAACAACGGCUCUGCGACGCCCGGCUUCCUCUCCCACGGCACGGCCCGACGACUCAACUGCCGCGGUCUGGGACUUCGAUUUCAGCAGCGGCGACGGCCAGCAACAACACGAGGAUUCCAGCCACCGGUUCGCGUCGUUCGAUCAGGAAGAUCACGACGCGCAUUGUGCGGCUUUUGCUCGGCAUGGCCGGUUUCAGUAUGACAGUACCAGCCGCGACGCAGUCGAGGAUCAGUUCGACCAAUAUGCGUUUUGGUUGGACAUCGGGGAGCGGCUCUCGCAGUGUUUGCAACGGGAGCAAAGAUCGGCUGUAGAGCAAGUGACUAUGCGCCGAGAAGAAGACCAUGCCCACCUUCCGUCGUCCUCGUUAACACGACCAACAAAGGAACAAGAUAACGGCGAGGGAAGUGCAGUCUCUCGUGCAAGUAAUCGGACAAAUGUUUCGGACGCAGACCUCGACUUGCGGCAGACUCUUCUUGGCAGACCGCAUGCAGCCAAGCAUGCGGUGCGCGAUGAGUCACCGCCCCCCUUCGGAUAUGCGCGCGGAGAAUUAAGACGAAAGCAGGAUGAGAAGGAGACCAACCACAGUACCAUUCCAAAAGGAACACGGACUCUGUCCGAAGCAGCGGUCACCGUCGUUCCCAACCCUUUUCUCUUCCGCACACAGACCGCAAGUAGCUGUCUCAGCGUGCCGCUUCACAAUACCGACGCGCAUGUUCACUUUGGGCCGCGGUGCGCCGUGUGCGUCACGGAUUUACACGAGUGUGUCGCCAGGACCAGCAGGAGAGCAGUCUGCGACGCCGCGUGCAUGGGUCUUGGUUUCGGACUUCCCGUGCGCGAUCUGAGAUUGCAGAAAUUCAGGCCCUGUCUAGAAUGCAGCACGCAAAGCACGGCAUGUUGGGACAGGUUUCAGCAGUGCCUGCUCUUUGUUCGAUAA